AUGGAAGGAAAGAAAAGGAGAGCGUUGCCAGGGAUAGGAAGGUGCCACAGAGACCAGCUGCAAGAAGACUCUAAAGCUCCAAAAAAAUCUUGUCCCAAUGUGUUUGGAUUAAGGAAAUUUCAUAAAAAAGGGUUGAAUCAAGGGAAGAGAAGGGAAAUAGAGGAGAAGACUUCGCAAAUUUGGGGAAAACCAGCUAGGGUUUCUUGGGAAGAACGUGCUUCCAGCGCCUAUAAAAGGGGGCAUCUCCUACCCAGCAAAACAACACAUCCAAGCGAGCAAGCAUCCUCACUCACUGCUGGAACCUUUGAUUUCAAGCCCUGUUCUCCCAUCUUCUUCUUUUCUCUUCUGGCAAACCAUCCAAGAGCUCGACGAAGCUUUCAUCAACCGGCUGGAAGUUUACUCAAGCCACCCAUCCUUCCAUCCUCGUCUCUUCCUCUUUUCCCUCAACAAAUCUUCCCAAAUUUCCCUCUCUCCUUGCUUUGA